AUGUCUGACACGUCGUACUUCGAUACCCGUGAAGAGGUGGACGGUGUGCGUGUGACAUGGAACUCUCUACCCCGGACCAAGCUCCAGCACGAGCGCAACGUCACCCCCAUGGCCGCCAUGUAUACUCCCUUGAACAAUAAACAUGGAGAUCCCAUACCUUCUUCUCACCAAAUCGUCAAUUGUCGACAAUGCCAGAGCUUCAUUCACCCGUACGUGAACCGCAACGAAGAGACGUGGGUGUGCACGUACUGUGGCUUCAGCAACCGGCUCGUGGUGGACGAGGCCGGCAAUUUCCCGGUGGGAUUGGCUGCUAGCACGGUGGAGUAUCAUACCAGUAAGUUCAAUAACCUCCCGCCCAUCUUCAUCUACGUGGUGGACACGUGCUUCGAGACCGAGGACCGGGACGCGUAUGAAUCGUUGAAACAGAGCUUGGUGGUGUCGUUGAGCCUCUUGCCGGAAAACUCGUUGGUAGGAUUGGUUUCAUUUGGAAAGAACGUCGCCAUUCAUAACCUCUCAUCGGCCAAUGCCAUGUGUCACAGCUUCAAUGGGGCCAAGGAAUAUACGCUUGAGCAGUUCCGCCAGUCGUUGGGCCUUUUGGAUACGUCGUUGAAGAGAAACCACCAUCCGGAUGAGUUGUUUGGUAGUAUUGGCAAGCAGUUUCUCCAGCCGGUAAAUUUGGUGGAGUAUCAGCUCACGAAUGUGAUUGAAACAUUGACCACAAACACGUUCCCGCGAGCAGAGCGGAAAGAGAGACCAUACCGGGCCACCGGCUGUGCUAUUAACGUGGCGAGUUUGUUGUUGACGUCGUUAUUGGGCACGUAUGGCUCCAACGGUGGCCAGCUAUUGUGCUUUAUUGGAGGAGCUUGUACGUACGGACCGGGAGCGAUCGUGGGCAACCAGCUCAAGGAGCCGUUGAGGUCCCACCACGAUAUAGAGACGUCUCGUCAGUCGACGUUGGCCAAAAACAUGAAGUUGCCCCAACAGUCCACCAAUUUCACCGUCGAUUAUUCGUUGGUGUUGAAGGCUAAAACCUUCUAUAAAACCAUCACUCAAUAUUUGGUGAAGUUGGGAGUGAGCUGUAGCUAUUUCAUCGGCAGCUACGACCAGGUAGGUUUGUACGAGAUGGACGAGGUGUGCCGAAAGACAGGAGGAGUGGUGAUCAUGCUGGACUCCUUCAAUACCUCUAUAUUCAAGCAGAGUUUCUUGAAAUUUUUCCGAAAAGAGCCCGACUCCGAGUACUUGGAGUUUGGGUUGAAUGCUACGUUGGAGGUGAAGGUGGAGCUUGACCUCAAGGUUGAAGGGUUAAUUGGCAACGCUGUGGGUUUGCCGUUGAACCAGAAGAAUGGGGCAUUAGUGUCACAGAAGCCUAUCAAAGGUGAGGGUAACACCAACUGCUGGAAGUUGUGCCAUGUCGACCCCCAGUCCACCUUUGCCAUUUUCUUUGAGAAGUUGGACACCCGUUACAACGCCAACUCAACCACAAUCCAGUUCAUCACCCAUUAUCAGCAUCUGUCAGGAGAGUUCAUUAUUCGCGUUACUACGUUUCCCAUUGCAAUUAUCCACGAUAGUGAUGCUGGCCGCUUGGAGUUGGGUUUCGACCAGUACGCGGCAGCUGCCUGCUUGGCCCGAGACUAUACGUAUCGGUUGGAGACCGAGAACGUUAGUCAUGCGGAUGUGGUAAAGGAUAUUGAUAAAAUCUCGGUCGAUUUUUGUACGCGGUUUGCCCAGUAUCACAAGGGAACCGUUUCAUCAUUUAUGCUUUCCAACAGGUACUCAUUCUUGCCGCAUGUGGUGUACCACUUACGAAGGUCACCGUUCAUCAACGUGUUUAACAAUUCCCCCGACGAAACCAGUUUCAUCCGCCAUGUGUUGAUGCAUGAAGAUACUAACAAUAUAUUGAUAAUGGUACAGCCCACAUUAUUAUCGUAUGAUAUCGACACAUUUGGAUCGGUGGAUGAGAAUGGUGUGGCUAACACUGAUCCCCAGCCGGUACUCUUGGACUCGAUGUCGUUGAGCAAAUCCAAGAUCCUUCUUCUCGAUACUUUUUUCCACAUCUUGAUAUACCAUGGUGGGCAGGUGGCCGAGUGGAGAAAAUUAGGCUACCACAACCAAGAGGGCUACGAACACUUUAAGGAGUUUUUGGAAGCCCCCAAGAAAGAGGCAAUGGAAAUCUUGAUGGACCGGUUCCCGUUGCCACGGUUCAUUGACUGUGACGAAGGAGGGUCGCAGGCCCGGUUCUUGAUGGCCAAGUUGAACCCCAGCUCCAGCUACUCUUCGAAUCCCAACAUCUUUUAUGGAAACCAGCUAGACGUGUUGACCGACGACUUAUCGAUGCAGCUGUUUAUGGAUCAUAUUCAACGAAUUGUCACCGCCAAGUAA